UUCACUUUGGAUCACAAUAAAAUUGUUCCUACUUCAUUUUCUCUUGUGAGCCAUAUGCGCUAGAGAAGAAAAAAACAAACCCUCGCAUCCAAUGGACAUUGAUUGUAUGAAUUCAAAUAGAAAAUCAUCUAUGCUAGAUGAGGUAAAACCAUUGAUUUUUGAUGCACCCCAUAUGAAACAUGACUCCAACAUUCCCAUACAAUUCAUAUGGCCAGAUGACGAGAAGCCUUGUGUUGUAGCACAAGAACUUUCCGUUCCUUCAAUCGAUUUAAAGGGUUUCUUUUCUGGUGAUCCCAUCAUCGCCCAACAAUUAUCUCGGCUUGUUGAUGAAGCAUGUAGGAGUCACGGUUUCUUUCUAGUUGUGAACCACGGAGUUGAUGCUUACCUUAUCUCCAACGCUCAUCGUUACCUGGACGCGUUCUUUGACUUGCCGCUCUCUGAAAAGCAAAAAGCUCAGAGGAAAAUUGGUGAACAUUUUGGCUAUGCCAGCAGAUUUACUGAAAGGUUUUCAUCAAAGUUUCCUUGGAAAGAGACACUCUCUUUUCGAUACUCUGCUGAAGAAGGCUCAUCUCACAUAGUUGAAGAGUAUUUCCAAAGGACAUUGGGUGAAAGUUUUAACCAUCUUGGGAAUGUUUAUCAAGAAUACUGCAAUGCCAUGAGCUCACUUUCUCUUGAGAUCAUGGAACUCUUAGGGAUGAGCCUAGGCAUAGAGAAGAGCCUCUUCAAAGAAUUUUUCGAAGAAAAUGAAUCCAUAAUGAGACUCAACUACUACCCGCCGUGCCAGAAACCAGAGCUCACCCUAGGAACGGGACCUCAUUAUGAUCCAACAUCAUUAACUAUUCUCCAUCAAGAUUGUGUAGGUGGACUUCAAGUUUUUGAUGGCGACGACUGGUGCUCCAUCAAUACAAAUUUCAACACGUUUGUGGUUAACAUAGGUGACACAUUUAUGGCGCUAUCAAAUGGAAGAUACAAGAGUUGCUUACACAGAGCUGUGGUAAACAAUAAGACUCCUAGGAAAUCACUUGUUUUCUUUCUUUGUCCUAACAAAGAUAAGGUGGUGCGUCCACCAACUGAAUUGGUAGACUCCAACAAACCUCGAAUAUAUCCAGACUUCACAUGGCCUACCCUCCUUGAGUUUACUCAGAAACAUUAUAGACCUGAUAUGAACACUCUUCAAGCUUUCUCAAAUUGGCUUCAGCACAAUUCUACACAAGCUUAAGAGCUACACAUAUCAAGAUUGAAGACCUCAGAAUUUUCUUUAUAUAUGUUGAAUAUUUGAUUUGGA